UGUCGGAUGAUGGGCUACGCAUCCAAUGAAAUACUCCUCUUUUUCUCGGUGACGUGCAUCUACAUGACGUGCGGAAUACUAACGACGAGCCCAACGAAAUUGCCGUCCAUCGUACGCGGCUAUCUACCCCCUCGAAGCGUUCCCGUUUCAACGAGUUCCUCAAGGAGCGUUAUUUACGCCAAUCACAAGUACGACGUUGUCGACGAACCUGAGGAAAAUGAUGAUUAUCGCUUAAGAGAUAGCUACGUGUAUCCGGGCUCAAGGCCAACUACGGUGUCUCUUCCUUUUGAGGACGAUAUUUCUGAAACGUUCGAUAAAGCUGAGAAAAUUGUCAGCUUGAAUCAGAAUCGUGGGAGGUUUCCACCGAGGUCAGAAAAAUUUCUUGAAAUAUCGACGAAGAGUUCAAACUCGUUUGAACGUCAUCUUCUUGCUCCUGUCAGAUCGUGGUACAAAGUGGAGGAGAAAGCAAAGAAAGAAGAAGACUGUGUCGUUAGAGAAAACAUAGCUUCCAAUCACGAAGGAUCGCCGAGUUAUCUUGGGAAAAAUGUAAAUCUGACAAAGUCCUAUCACGAUUCGCAAGACAUAACAAGCGCCAUCAAGUUUCUGGAUCGUUUCCUAAGCAGGACACUAAACGGCGAUAGCUACAACAACGAGCUACAUCCACCGACCAAUCCUGUUUUGGCUCUGGUCCUGUCUCGAUAUGGACGAUACGUGGCUGGCCCACGAAACCCUCGUCUAUAUUCAUACAUGGCGGUAAAUAAUAUCCAUAACAAUAGGCCCUUCGGACAAUACAAGCAAGAAUGUGAGGAAGAACCGAGAUACGUCAGCUCGAAAUAACUCUGAUAUUUCGUCCAGAUAUAGUUUCGUACGAACGGUGUAAUUGAUAUUCUCUCUCUCUCUCUUUUUUUUUCUUUUUUUUUUUUUUUGUAUAAAAAUGCCUCCGAGCGACAGGAGAUGUUCCUCUUCCUGUUACGUUCCCUUUUUAUACCUUUUUUCUCAAAUUGAUGCAACUGGUGAAAUCGUUUGGUAAUUUACGGUUAUGAAUUAAUGUAAUUUACCGGGGAAUCGUAACGAGUUCGACAUCGUGGGCUCUCAACGUUACACGUGAAUCAGUAAAAUGUACAUAUGUCGUCGUACGAGUGUUCCAAUAUAUCGCGAAAAUCGAAUAGAAAAAUGGUUACGAUUAUUACGGAAAUACGAUCAGCCAACAUCAAAUGCAAAAUCUCGGACAAAUAUUUUUGGCGCUCGACGUCGACUAUGAUCUUCGCAAAUACAUUUUUAAAGUUUCCAGACGAUCGCAGGAUUUCCAACUGUAUUUUUAAGGUGUUGCUCGCACGACGCGCGCCAAAGUAAACCGCUUUCAUAAUGGACUGCUUAAACGUUGAUCCACUUGAGGGAAACGAGAGUAGAAGGGUUUCUAAAAAUCCUUCCUCUUUCGUACAACGUUUUCUAUUUUUUGUUCACUCUCCCUCCUUUUCCUUUUUGGUCAACGUUUCAGCGUCGUUCUUUAUUCAUUUAAAUUUGCCUCCGCGCAUAAUUCUCUUUCCUUUGAAGCCGACCCAAGUACGUUAGCGCGGAGGAAAGGAAGGAAAGUAAAGGUUUCUUAGAUGGAUUAGAUUUGUUAUUUUCCUUUUUUUUUUUCAUCUUUUCUUCGUACGUUCAAUGCUCGUAAAUUUCAAUUAUAAAUCCGAGGGUAUAAAAGAUUUUCAUUUUUGAAAAUUAUGAAAAUAUUAGUAGAGAUAAAACGUGUUAAAUACGUAAGCUCAACGAGUACAAUCGAGACUCGUUUUAUAAAGGAGAAAGAUAGUUAACGAGAAUGAUUCAAGUAUAUGAACUAAAAGUCAGGUCAGCGAUAAAUAUUAAUUAUCGGUCUUGUGUCCAACACGGACGUUGGAAAUAAUGCGAAGAUAUGUGCAAUCGCGUGGCCUCCAAUUACAUAUGACGAUUGGUGCAAUAAAUAGAACGAUAACUUUGCCUUCUUACGCAUAGAUAACUAUGGUAGAUAAAGGGUAUUAUAAAUGGGCUAGUUGGCGACGUUUUCGCAGGUCACUUAAUCAUCUCUAAGAAGACUCUGAUGUAUUCUAGCAACAAGAUUGCGAACGUUAAGUGGGUCUUGAUUAACGUCGUACAACUUUGUCAGAAAGAGAGAAAGACAGAGGAGGGAGGGAGAGAGAGAGAGAGAGAGAGAGAGAGAGAGAGAGAGAGAAGAAAAGAGAAAGUAUGGCAUUAGAUGUAUAAUGAAAAUGCGUUCUCGCGAGCGUGAAAAUUGUUAGCUGGCUAGAUGGAAGAUCGAUAAGUAUCCCGAAAAGUAUCCCAAGAACCACGUCACGGUUUCUCGUAAAUCUUUAAACGCGUCGAACGCGAGAUUUCGCGCUGCGAAGUAAAUAAAACAGUUCUCCCAUCAUUAUUCCCUCCGCGGAGCGUGAAUUUCCCCUCGAAUUUCUUUCUGCUUAUGUAAUUCUACGACUCCGCUUGAAAGAAACGAGGUGAGUGUGAGUGAGAAAGAGAGAUCCCCGACGGGGAACAGCGGGUGAGACUGAAAUUGCGACGGUGCAAGCCGCGUCUCGGGUUCGAGUCAAACCGCAAUAAAAAGCAGGGAAGAAACCGGAAUAAAAUAUGAGGAAUACGUUCGCGCUAUCCUUUCUGCGUCCGUAAAGAGAAAGAAAAAGGUAAGAGAGAAAGGGAACGAGCUCGUUUGAGGACAAGGGAUGUAUGUGUGUGUAUGUGAGAGAGAGAGAGAGAGAGAGAAAAAGUAGAAAUGGUAUUACUUCGAUACGUUUCGAGGAAAGACGCGAAUGGCAAAAGAUGGAGCCAUUCCAAGAGUAGUUUCCACGAUGACAAAUCCUACUGAAAUUUUUUCCUAGUCCAUUCAAAUUUUUAACUUUCCUUUAUUAUUUUCUUUCCCACGAAUCGUGUCAAUCAGGUUUAGUUGGUUAUAGGAUUGUCGAUAAUUGCGAAGAUUGUUUCUCGUCUUCUUGUACGUACAUUUUGCAUUCUACUAUUUUCCGAUUGACGUUUAAAGACGAGCGAAAAGAAUUUUCUCUUUCUCUAGCUUUCAGCAUUGAAAAAAAAAAAAAAAAAAAAAAACAAAAAACGAGAACGACAAAGAGCCUUCGUGAAAAGUUCAAUCAUAUUUCACGGAAAAUGCGUAUUGCGGAAAAUGGAAUUUUUAUAAUAUUCUUGACUAUUACGUAGACAAAACUUUUCGACUACAAAUACAAAUACGAAAGUU